AUGGCCAAGGGCAGGUGGUCCCACCCCAGCGAGCAACACACCGGCACCUGGUUUGCUCAUGUUGGAGCAUGCCAGAGUCAACCUGAGUCAACUACAAGCUCUGCACUAAAGCAGGCCCAGAACUCAGGAGCAGCUCAGUAUAUUGCGGAUAGAUUGCUGCUAGCAUACAGAGCUCGGGAGCAGAGAGCAGUGAGCAACAAUUUCCCAUUUUCCUCUCAUGACAACAGACACAGUCUACAGAAUGUAGGAGAGUAUUUUGAUUUUGGUAUGGGCCGGAGGAAGGUGGAACCAGAGAGGCAGCAACAGAACUCACAGAACUUCCUCCAAUGGGCUCACGAAUCCAUUCCUAGCAGUAAGGAUGGUUUAACCAUUUAUCAGACAUCAUUUGUGAAAAAACAAAAUACUGAGAGCCCAUUUUAUAGGCGAUAUCCAAAACACCAUUCUGAAAAGUGUUGUACUGACAAACCCAUUCCUGAGAAUGAGAAAAACCCCAGCAGCCAAACGAGUCAUCUUAAUUAUAGAAACACCUUUGUAGCACUGACUUAUCAUCAGAGCCUCUUCUCCAGAUCUGAACUACUUGUUACUCAAAUGGAUGAUGAAAUAAAGAUUUGUGUGAAGUGAAUGCGGUAGUACACUUGAGAGUUCAUUGCAAUCAACAAUCAUAUGUUACUCUGAAGACAUACUUUGCUGUAGAAAUUUUAAACGAAAGCAUUAUAAGGAAAAGCAUGUUUGUACAUAUUUUUAGAAAUACCUCUAUAAGGGGAACAGAGGCAGCGAUUGUACUUGUGCUAUUUGAUGCUGGUUGACCUUCAUCUUGGUACAAAAGCUCCUUCAACCUCAGAAUCAGUGGUGCAGCUGGACCUCGAGCAGCUGACAGCACCUGUGUUCACAGAAGUGUAGAAUGG